GUGAAUAAGACAUUUAUUCAGCAACAAAGCAACUGUUGUAUUUAUGAAUAGGUCAAGGAUGAAUCGACUCUCACAAUUUAUUUAAAUCCACAGAUUCAUUCGCAAAAAAUAACCCACUCUAGCCUAACAUAUAAGGACUGAACCGAUGUGAACGCUAACAGAAUCCUUUACCAACGUUGCGUCUUGGCAAGUCAUCUGAUGUGCGUCAAGGUUAAUUUGUGGUUGCCAUGGGGAGCCCCUUUUCUCUUAAAAACACCAUCACAUCUGGAAUCGUCAGCUCUGCUCAGAGAGGCAGUAAAGAACUGGGUCUCUCCAACUCCAACAUGGACUACAUCCAGACGGACGCUACCAUAGAUUUUGGAAAUUCAGGAGGGCCUCUCAUAAACCUGGAUGGUGAGGUCAUCGACAUUAAUACCAUGAAAGUGACAGCAGGGAUUUCCUUCGCUAUUCCCUCAGACAGAGUCCGACUCUUCCUUGACCGAUCUGCAGACAAACAGAAGUCUUGGUUUGGAGAAUCGGGAUGGAAAAGGCGUUACAUUGGAGUGAUGAUGUUGACUUUGACCCCCAGUAUAAUCGAAGAGCUAAGGAUGCGAGACCCGUCCUUCCAUGAUGUUUUUCAUGGAGUUCUCAUCCACCGUGUGAUUGUAGGAUCUCCAGCCAACAGAGCCGGAAUGAAGCCAGGAGAUGUUAUUAUUGAGAUCAAUGGGGUAAAGGUGAACACGUCGGAGGAGAUAUAUAAUGCUGUGAGGACCAGCGAAAGCUUAAAUGUGGUGGUCCGCCGGGGGGCCGACCUGCUCAUGCUGCACAUGACCCCAGAGUCCACAGAGUGACAUCAAGUCAAGUAUUUAGUAAGAUUAAGAAAUGGUGAGUAAUGAGAAGCUGUCAUAGUUGGAGAUGUUGUAGGAAA